AGUUCUGGAUGCCCGAUGACGUACUCAGCGAGAGGGGUGCAGGACUACAUUUCCCAUUAUGCUCCGAGGUGGGCAGGACCCGGAAGUGAGGGCGUGCGAGGCCUCUCUGGAAGUUGUCCCGGGUGUUCGCCGCUGGAGCUCCGGGUCCAGAGGACUAGGUGCCGCUGCCGGGAGGAUCGUCCGCUGCCGCCGGCUCCCGGAGCCCAGCCCUUUCCUAACCCAACCCAACCCUGCCCAGUCCCAGCCGCGAACCCCGGCGUUACCAUGAAUCCUGCCGUCUUCCUAUCCUUACCCGACCUCAGAUGCUCCCUGCUGCUCCUGGUAACCUGGGUUUUUACUCCUGUAACAACUGAAAUAACAAGUCUUGAUACAGAGAAUAUAGAUGACAUUUUAAACAAUGCUGAUGUUGCUUUAGUAAAUUUUUAUGCUGACUGGUGUCGUUUCAGCCAAAUGUUGCAUCCAAUUUUUGAGGAAGCUUCUAAUGUCAUUAAGGAAGAAUAUCCCAAUGAAAAUCAAGUAGUGUUUGCCAGAGUUGAUUGUGAUCAGCACUCUGAUAUAGCCCAGAGAUAUAGGAUAAGCAAAUACCCAACCCUCAAAUUAUUUCGUAAUGGGAUGAUGAUGAAGAGAGAAUACAGGGGCCAGCGCUCAGUGAAAGCUCUUGCAGAUUACAUCAGGCAACAAAAAAGCGACCCUGUUCAAGAACUUCAUGACUUAGCAGAAAUCACCACUCUUGAUCGCAGCAAAAGAAAUAUCAUUGGAUAUUUUGAGCAAAAGGAUUCAGAAAACUAUAGAGUUUUUGAAAGAGUAGCAAAUAUUUUGCACGAUGAUUGUGCCUUCCUUUCUGCAUUUGGAGCUGUUUCAAAACCAGAAAGAUACAGUGGAGACAACAUAAUCUACAAACCACCAGGGCAUUCUGCUCCAGAUAUGGUAUACUUGGGAUCUAUGACAAAUUUCGAUGGGACUUACAAUUGGAUUCAAGAUAAAUGUGUUCCUCUUGUUCGAGAAAUAACAUUUGAAAAUGGAGAGGAAUUGACAGAAGAAGGACUGCCUUUUCUCAUACUCUUCCACAUGAAAGAAGAUACGGAAAGUUUAGAAAUAUUCCAGAAUGAAGUAGCCCGACAAUUAAUAAGUGAAAAAGGUACAAUAAACUUUUUGCAUGCGGACUGUGACAAGUUUAGACAUCCACUUUUGCACAUACAGAAAACUCCAGCAGACUGCCCUGUCAUAGCUAUUGACAGCUUUAGGCACAUGUAUGUGUUUGGAGACUUCAGGGAUGUAUUAAUUCCUGGAAAACUCAAGCAAUUCGUAUUUGACUUACAUUCUGGAAAAUUGCACAGAGAAUUCCAUCAUGGUCCUGACCCAACUGAUAUAGCCCCAGGACAGCAAGUCCAAGAUGUAGCAAGCAGUCCACCUGAGAGCUCCUUCCAGAAAUUAGCACCCAGCGAAUAUAGGUAUACUUUAUUGAGGGAUCGAGAUGAGCUUUAAAAACUUGAAAAACAAUUUGCAAGCCUUUCAAACAGCAGCAUCAACUUACGUGGUGGAAAUAGUAAACCUAUAUUUUCAUAAUUCUAUGUGUAUUUUUAUUUUGAAUAAACUGAAAGAAGUUUUGGGUUUUUAAUUUUUUUUUUCUCCCCCUGACUCAAAAGGCAUUGUCAUUUAAUAUAGCCUCUUUUUAAAAAUCUGUUAGGGAUAAAAAAAUAAAAAUAAAAAUCAGAGGCCUAUCUUUGCUUUAAAUCUGUCCUUUAAAAUUUUUAUAAAUCAAGUGAAAGGUGACAUUGCCAGAAACAUACCAUUAACUUGCACUGCUAGGUAAGGGAGGACUUAGGGAUGUCUCCUGUGUAGUAUGUGCUUUUCUUUAUAUACAAUCAGUCCUGUUGGUAUUUUCAUUGUCACAUUUCUCAAAGCUAAGAGGGUAUAUAUUCUGGAUACUUGGGAGGGGAAUAAAUUAAAAUUUUCACACUGUGUACUGUGUUUUACUGAUUGGUUGGAUAUUGCUUAUGAAAAUUCCACAGUGGUAUUUUUUGGAUUCUUAAUAUGUAACUUAAACAUACUAUGAAGAGGAGGAGAGCCAUAAGCCAGAACAUUUGGCGGAAUUGUCCUUAUGAAUUAAGAAAAAGAAAAUGAAAAGUGUUAUUAAAUUUCUUUGUGUUUAUCUAACAAAAUGGCAUAUGGAUGGCAUUUAAAACUUUGAAUUAUACCUAAAUCUGAGAUACUGGUAGAGCAGGUUACCAGUGUUGAACCAGAUUAUUUUUAAGGCUCCUCCUAUCAUGACACAUUAAUUUCCAAAGACGAAAACCAGCAGAGAAAUUGUAUUUCAGUAAUUCUAAUCUUCUAUCUUGUAGAGUCUUGUUGUAGUUGUAUAGAUCAAAAUCGAAGACAAUAAGGCACAUAAUUUUUUUUUCCCCAUUGUAAAAUUGUUAGAGGACCCUACCCCACUAGAUUCCCUGAUUUCCCAGGCCUGCAAUGUAUAGUCAAAUGGGUUCCUGUGCCAGGCCUCAGUACUGCCAGGGAACAAAACCAGAGGGAGAGGACCCUCCGUGUCAUAUCAGGAGGCCCAAUGCCCAAGGAAGACAGGUUCAAAAUUGGCUUUCCUCUGGGCCUGGGUUGGUGCUAUAGGCCAAGAGUCAUUUUAUACUUGGAGUCUGAGUCAAUCCCAGUUUGGGGAAAGAUUAUUUUUAAGCUUAAAAGGCUGACAUGUGCCAUUAUAUGUAGUGUGUAAUAUAUGUAACAUCUUCCAAUUCUUUUAAAAUAAAGUUGAAUAUUUAUAAUGCAUAUUUAAUGAUUGUUGUUUUAAAAAAAAUCAGCCUAGAAUUCUUAGUUAUGCAUGACUUAUCCAUCAUUUCAUUCAGAAUAAUAAAUGUUGUUAAUAAGGUGAUAAGGGGCAUGUUUAGUAUAUCUUACCAGACUGUUAAUUAGAAAAGCAGGACAGAGCUUCCUCAAGGUUGAGUCUUAGUUCUGUUCAAUUCGUUGCUUCUAAUUAAUAACUCUGAAAUCAGAGUUGUAGUCUUCAGGUCAGAUGAUGGACCAAAUCUGAGGCAGUUAAAAUGAAAAUUCGUGAACAUUCAGCAGGGCAGCGUACAACACCAAGAGCAGCAUAUGCAAUUAACUGGAAUAAGUUUAUAAUCCUGUAAUUGGUUUUAAAAAUAUUUAAACAAAAGAUAAACACUCAAAUAUUGGAUUGCAGAGAGCUGACUUGAGAAUAGUUAUUAUGAAAAAGGCCUCAAGGAACACAGGGUCAGUGUGAUCGAAGAUAACAGAGUGGCUGUUAAAUUAUAUUUGAGGCUGCAUGAUUUAGCUUUUAUGCAUAUUGGGUCUUAAAUGUUUAUUGAAUAAGUGAGCUGCAAAGUGAUGUUGGGUAAUUUUUGUACCCUUCAAGGGCUGAGCACUCAUCAGGACUGGGUGCCCCAUUUUAUAAAAGGGGGUUAAAAAGCUCAAGUACAAAACACCAAAACGCAUUAGAAAAGAUAAGUUUUUGCGGGGCGGGGAAGGUGAGGAGGCCUGUGGCUAAGAAAAUGAGAAUGGAAGUUAGAGAAAGAAUGGGAGCUGAUUGUACAGGGGCUUGAAUGCCAAGCUAAGAGGUUUUUACUGUAUCUUACAGGCAGCAGAGAUCCACUCACAGAUUUUUAAGCCAGGAAGUAUGUUCAUGUUUAAGUUUGAGAAAGAAUAUUGUGGCCAGAACUAAGAGAUGGAGAGGAA